GUGGAGUGUGACUUGCAGCUACUUGGCUUAGUGGCGAUGGAGAAUCGUAUCAAACCAGUCACACUUGGCGUCAUUAACCAGCUAAAUCGCGCACGAAUCAGAACAGUCAUGGUGACCGGUGAUAACCUAUUGACUGCAAUGAGUGUUGCUAGGGAGUGCGGCAUAGUACGCCCGAAUAAGCGAGCAUUCCUGGUAGAGCACUGUCCAGGAGAGGUAGAUGGGAAUGGACGAACAAAGAUAGCUGUUAAGCAGGUUUGCCUUUUGAGACAUUCAGUGGAUGUGAUAGUAAUAUUUAUGCUUCAGUCUGUUUCGUCCUCUGGCGACAUUCUCGAUGAUGACUCAGUUAUUGUCAAGAACGUAAAAGAUGCAGAGCUGGGACAACUUAUUCAGAGCAGCUAUCAUCUUGCUAUAUCAGGUUGGGAGGGGUUCAGAAUAAGGCCCACUUUUGCGGUCAUUACUCACGAGUACCCUGAACUUCUCGAUUCAUUAGUAACUGUGUGCGAUGUGUUUGCUCGAAUGGCACCAGAUCAAAAACAACAGCUUAUCAAUUGCCUCCAAGAGAUCGGGUACACAGUCGCUAUGUGCGGUGAUGGAGCUAAUGAUUGUGCAGCAUUGAAGGCAGCACAUGCAGGAAUCUCACUAUCCGAUGCUGAAGCUUCGAUCGCCGCGCCUUUCACUUCGAAGGUUUGUUCCGUUAAGAUUGAUUCCAUGUCGUUUCUUUGAAU